CCAACACGCCCAGAGAGUCGCAAUUCAAAUGCAAGCGGACUGCGCCGCAGCCCUGCAGUUGCAGCGGUGUCCUCUCACAGGUGUUCUGCCCGUCCCUGCCAACGCUGCCCGCAUGGCCUCCCAGAACCGCGACCCAGCCGCCGCCAGCGUCGCCGCUGCUCGGAAAGGAGCCGAGCCCAGCGGGGGCGCCGCCCGGGGUCCCGUGGGCAAGAGGUUACAGCAGGAGCUGAUGACGCUCAUGAUGUCUGGCGACAAAGGAAUUUCUGCCUUCCCUGAAUCGGACAACCUUUUCAAGUGGGUGGGGACCAUCCACGGCGCAGCUGGCACAGUGUACGAAGACCUGAGGUACAAGCUCUCCCUGGAGUUCCCCAGUGGCUACCCCUACAACGCGCCAACAGUGAAGUUCCUCACGCCCUGCUACCACCCCAACGUGGACACCCAGGGCAACAUCUGCCUGGACAUCCUGAAGGACAAGUGGUCCGCGCUGUAUGACGUCAGGACCAUCCUGCUGUCCAUCCAGAGCCUGUUAGGAGAACCCAACAUCGAGAGCCCCUUGAACACACACGCUGCCGAGCUCUGGAAAAACCCCACGGCCUUUAAGAAGUACGUGCAAGAAACCUACGCGAAGCAGGUCUCCAGCCAAGAAGAGCCCUGACCCCGGCUGUCCCGCCCUCUCCUGGUGCUGUCUUUUAUUUUCUAUUUUUCCCGUAGAUGGUCUGUCCUUGCCUUGAUUUCUGUAUAUGACUCUGUAUCUUCAGUUGUGGUGUCCUGUUUGUUUUAUUUCUGUUUUUUAAAUUAAGUCUCUGGUUGAACUCCUGUGAUGAAUAUAUUAAAUAAAUAUAUAUUGAUGUGUU